AGGAGGAGCCCGAGCCGCAGCCUGAGCUGCCACCGCCCGCCCGCCCUCCGGGAGAGCCGGGGAAACAGCUCGGAGCGGCCGCGGCAGCGAGAGAGCCAGGCCGGCCCGCAGCACGCGGCCCGCCGCCCGAGCGCGCGCGCCCCCAGAGUCCCGCGCGGACUGCGGCGAGAUGAGUUUACAACUAAUUUUCUGGGUUGGACUGGUCAGUUGCUCUAUCUGUCAAGUAUGGGGCCAAACAGGUGGAAAUGACUGCUUAAAAGCAAAUGCAAAAUCAUGUGGAGAAUGUAUUCAAGCAGGACCAAAUUGUGGAUGGUGCACAAAUUCCUCAUUUUUACAAGAAGGAAUGCCUACUUCUGCCCGGUGUGAUGAUUUAGAAGCAUUAGAAAAGAAAGGCUGCCGUCCAGAGGACAUAGAAAAUCCUCGAGGCCACAAAAUUAUCCGGAAAAAUAAAAAUGUGACAAAUCGCAGUAAAGGUACAGCAGAAAAACUCCAGCCUGAAGAUAUUACCCAGAUCCAACCACAGCAGCUAACUUUGAAGUUACGCUCGGGAGAACCACAGACAUUUACAUUAAAAUUCAAGAGAGCUGAAGACUAUCCUAUUGACCUCUAUUAUCUUAUGGAUCUCUCUUACUCCAUGAAAGACGACUUGGAGAAUGUAAAGAGUCUUGGAACAGAUCUAAUGUACGAAAUGAAGAGAAUCACUUCAGAUUUCCGAAUUGGAUUUGGUUCCUUUGUGGAGAAAACUGUGAUGCCAUAUAUUAGUACAACACCGGCUAAACUCAGGAACCCUUGCACAGGCGACCAAAACUGCACCAGUCCAUUUAGCUACAAAAAUGUGCUCAGUCUUACAGAUAAAGGGGAAGUGUUUAAUGAGCUUGUAGGAAAACAGCACAUUUCUGGCAAUUUGGAUUCUCCAGAAGGGGGAUUUGAUGCAAUCAUGCAGGUUGCAGUUUGUGGAUCAUUAAUUGGCUGGAGAAAUGUUACACGACUAUUGGUUUUUUCCACUGAUGCUGGGUUUCACUUCGCUGGAGAUGGUAAACUUGGUGGAAUUGUUUUACCAAAUGAUGGACAAUGUCACCUAGAAAAUAAUGUGUACACAAUGAGCCAUUAUUAUGAUUAUCCUUCUAUUGCUCACCUUGUCCAAAAACUCAGUGAAAAUAACAUUCAGACAAUUUUUGCAGUUACAGAAGAAUUUCAGGCUGUUUACAAGGAAUUGAAGAAUUUGAUCCCCAAGUCAGCAGUAGGAACAUUGUCUGCAAAUUCUAGUAACGUGAUUCAGUUGAUCAUUGAUGCAUACAAUUCCCUGUCUUCAGAAGUCAUUUUGGAAAAUGGCAAGUUGCCAGAGGGAGUAACAAUAAAUUACAAAUCUUACUGCAAGAAUGGAGUGAAUGGGACAGGAGAAAAUGGAAGAAAAUGUUCCAAUAUUUCCAUUGGUGAUGAGGUUCAGUUCGAGAUUAGCAUAACUUCCACAAAAUGUCCUGAGGAGGACACGAAAACCGUCAAAAUUAAGGCUCUGGGUUUCACUGAAGAAGUAGAGAUUACACUCCAGUUUAUCUGUGAAUGUGAGUGCCAGAGCGAAGGCCUUCCAAAUAGUCCAGAGUGCCAUGAGGGAAAUGGAACAUUUGAGUGCGGUGCCUGCCGGUGCAACGAGGGACGUGUUGGUAGGCAUUGUGAAUGUAGCACGGAUGAAGUAAAUAGUGAAGACAUGGAUGCUUAUUGCAGAAAAGAAAAUAGUUCUGAAAUUUGCAGCAAUAAUGGAGAAUGUGUCUGUGGACAGUGUGUUUGCAGGAAGAGGGAUAAUACAAAUGAAAUUUAUUCUGGCAAAUUCUGUGAGUGCGACAAUUUUAACUGCGAUAGAUCCAAUGGAUUAAUUUGUGGAGGAAAUGGUGUUUGCAAGUGUCGAGUGUGUGAGUGUAACCCCAAUUACACUGGCAGUGCUUGUGAUUGCUCUUUGGAUACAUCUUCAUGUAUGGCAUCAAAUGGGCAGAUCUGCAAUGGCCGAGGAGUAUGCGUAUGUGGUUCCUGUAAAUGCACCGAUUCUAAAUUCCAAGGGGCAACUUGUGAGAUGUGUCAGACUUGCCUUGGUGUCUGUGUUGAGCACAAAGAAUGUGUUCAGUGCAGAGCUUUUGAAAAAGGAGAAAAAAAAGACACAUGUGCAAAAGAGUGUUCUUACUUCAACAUUACCAAAGUAAAAAGUCGAGAAGACUUACCCCAGCCUGGCCAGCGGGAGGCCCUCUCCCACUGUAAGGAGAAGGAUGUUGAUGACUGCUGGUUUUAUUUUACAUAUUCAGUCAAUGGAAAUAAUGAAGUUGUUGUUCAUGUAGUGGAGACACCAGAGUGUCCCACUGGUCCAGAUAUCAUUCCCAUUGUGGCUGGAGUGGUUGCAGGAAUUGUGCUGAUCGGCCUUGCAUUAUUGCUGAUUUGGAAGUUGCUAAUGAUAAUUCAUGACAGAAGAGAAUUUGCUAAAUUUGAAAAGGAGAAAAUGAAUGCAAAAUGGGACACGCAAGAAAAUCCGAUUUACAAGAGCCCUAUUAAUAAUUUCAAGAAUCCAAACUAUGGACGUAAAGCUGGUCUCUAAAUUUCCGGUGAAAAUCCAAUUUACAAGAGUGCAGUGACAACUGUGGUCAACCCUAAGUAUGAGGGCAAAUGAACAUGCUUACGCAAAUCCACAACAUUGUCUGCAGGGGCAGUUUUUAUAGUCACAGUAAGAUAGCUUUAGGGCAGUACCGCAGUGGUUUUACUAACUCAUUACAUGUAUGUGUUUCCUAUGCAGGUUUUGAAAAUGUACAGUAUGUAUAAUUUUUUUUGCAAAUAGAGUUAUAAUCAGUGCCAGGGACUGACAGAAAACUUGAGAUAGGAUCUUGAUCCUAGUCAGCUGAGGUCACAUUGUGCCUUUUUGACCUUUUCCCUCCUAAGCUAUUGAUAUCUAGGUCUUUAGGAAAUAUAAGAUACUGACUGCUAAGAAUACUUUGAGAGGGAAAUGGUUAAAGUAAUCAGCAUGAUGAGGUCUGUCCAUUAAGUAUUAAAUGGAAUUUUAGCUUUACAAAAAUAUCAGGGCUUGAGUUUGCAAAUACAUUGAAUCCAAAGUAAUUACUUAGCUAUUAGCUUAGUUAGAAAUAUUACUUUUAAACUUAUCUUAUUGAGAUUUGUCUGUGAGGCACCUCUGAUUGAUUACAUUGCUGUAACUUAAGCAGGUUGAGAAUUAAGUGCGUAAAAAGUUUUUAAAAUAUUUGAUUAGUAUUUUCUUACUGUCUACAGGAAGACUAAAAAUAUGUGGAAUGAAUUGAAAGUAUUAGGAAGGAGAAAAAUAGCUUUAAAAAAAACCAAUCUAUAUGCUGUUUUCAAGAGUUACUGGUUUGUACAUAGUAACAGCAAUAUUGUUCGAUGAAGACUUGUAAAUGACUUAGCUAUUCUCAGCAAUACAAU